UUAAAAUUGUUUUUGUUAGAAUUUAAAUUUGACGAAAGGAAUAUAUAUUAAACAUAUAACUACGUAUGUAAACAAGUACAUAAUGCAUAUAAACUGUCAAAGGAGUAAAAUAUAAAUAGCUUAAGGUAUCAAGGCACUGAGAAAGGUGCCAAAAUUCAUAAUCGCGUGCUUUGACCUCUUAUAGUGUAUUAAAAUUCUUAGCAUUGCGCAGACCUCGUUUUAAAAUUUCUAGACGAUCGUGCUAAAUAUUAUUUUUCGCUCUUCGCUUGUUUUACGCGAUUUUGUUGUAACAGUUGAGUAAUAAGUUUUUCCAUGCAGAAAUUCGAAUGAACUAAUAUUUUUGGUAUUGACCUUGAGUGCUUGUGAAAUCGGAAAAUAUUUUUUGAGUAAAUUACUAGUUUUAUGAUAUUGAUAAAAGUGUAUCUAAGUGAAAAAAAAUUGACAGAAUGUGACAUACCCGAGUACAGAUAUAUAUAAUUAAUAUUUACAAAUUUAAUAAAAAUAAAUUAAUGAAUACUUUUUCAAGCAAUUUAUGUCAAUUGUGAUACACAAUGAUUUUAGUGAAAUCUAUACAAACUAUGGCCUCAUUCACGGCUCAAGCGGCUCUAAGAUCCAGGUGGAGCUCCUUAAUAGAGUCUACGAGUGUUGAUGUACCAGGAGAAGUAACAGAUGGUGUCCGAUCUGUUGUUGGAUGGCUGAAACAGGCGUCGCUAGAAGUGAGACAAGUGGGGAGGCGAGCGGUGAGCCAGCUCGCUGGACGAGGCAUGGACGAUGACGUGUUGAUUGUACAUUUCAAUGAUGUAUAUAAUAUUGAACAGACUACUAACACUGAACCAGUGGGAGGUGCGCUACGGUUCAGCACAGCAAUUAAAGCCCUUCAGCAUCUAAAUCCUCUGGUUUUAUUUAGUGGGGAUGCGUUCUCGCCGAGCAUGUUAAGCACAUUCACAAAAGGCGAGCAGAUGGUACCGGUUCUAAACGAAAUUGGUACUCAUUGUGCGGUUUUCGGGAAUCAUGAUUUUGAUUUCGGCCUAGACAUCUUAUCGAACCUGGUCUCCCAGUGCAACUUUCCUUGGCUCAUGUCGAACGUGAUAGACAAUGAGACGGGCAGACCACUCGGUGAUGGGAAGAUAACUCACGCAUUACUCUGCAAUGGUCAUAAGAUUGGUCUAAUUGGAUUAGUGGAACAGGAAUGGUUGGAAACGUUAGCGACGAUAAACCCAGACGAAGUAACUUUUAUAGAUUUCCUUCAAGCGGGAUCAAAGUUAGCGUCGCAAUUAAAACAAGAGGGUUGCGAAUAUGUAAUAGCCUUGACACAUAUGCGAACGCCAAACGACAUCAAACUAGCCGAAGGUUGUACGGACAUUGACCUCAUUUUGGGGGGGCAUGACCAUGUCUAUGAAGUUCUAGAGAUAAACAAUAAAUACAUUGUGAAAAGCGGUACAGAUUUCCGACAAUUCAGCAAGAUCACGAUAAAUUUCGGUUCGGAGGUGCCCCGCGUUGACAUAGCCGAUGUUGAUGUGACCAGCUCGUAUGAAGAGGACCCAGUUCUGAAGGCGAAGGUCGAGAAAUAUUCUGCUAUGAUAGACGGAAAGAUGGAUGAAGUACUUGGCAAAUUUUGCGUACCGUUGGAAGGUAGAUUUUCUGUGGUACGCCGUCAAGAGUGCAACCUUGGGAAUUGGGUCUGUGACGUCCUCCUAGCGGCUACCGGUGCCGACCUGUUGAUCCUCAAUUCCGGCACCUUCAGAUCUGAUCAGGUUCAUCCAGCGGGAGACUUCACUCUUCGUGAUCUGUCCACUAUCAUCCCCAUGCGAGACCCUAUUGUGGUGGUGGAGGCGACGGGUGAGACUGUCCUCAAGGUUCUCGAGAACGCCGUGUCUAAAUACCCUAGCUUGGAAGGAAGGUUUCCCCAGGUAGCCGGAGUGUCGUUCGCUUUCGAUCCCACGAAGCCACCAGGCGAGAGAGUUGCGGAACAGGUAGUGAAGAUAGGCGAUGAAUACCUUCAACGUGACCAGAAAUACCGGCUAGCUGUGAAACAGUACCUACACUCUGGCAACGACGGCUUCACAAUGCUACCCCAAUGUCCAGUGUUGGUGUCAGAGGACAUGUGCCCCGAGAUAGGGAUGGCUAUACAGAACCACUUCGCAGCGAUCAACGUGAGGACGGGGAAGUCGAGGCCGUCCAAACAUAGACAAUCUCUCGUCACAUUAAGCCGAAGGCACAGCCUUGUAAAGAUGUUGGAUGGUAGCGAACUAGAUGGUCCACCGCCAUUACGCAGAGCGUCCUCAUCCGUAGUGGAACCUACGCACUCUACACAUCACAGACCAAUUUUAUCUCAUCUCAGACUGACCCGACGCGCGUCGCUCGAUGACUUGGAGCAGAAUGCCUGUGAUCUUGCACCCAAGAUCGAAAAUCGGAUUGUGAUACUUGAUAGACCAGAGAAAUUUCAAGAAUUAUUAGCGGAGAGAGCAAGAUGGGAAUCGGACUCCGUUAUAAAGGAGGUAGACGAAAACUCGCCAUAAUAUGUUAUCCAUUAAUUAUAAACGUCUUAUUUGUAAUGCUAAUUGUUUAGUCAAUAAUAAACAUUACCGGUCCUAGAGCAAAGUGUGAAAAGUCGUAGAUAGAAAUGGAUAUUUUAAAAUCUUAUGACAAAAUAUAACGCGCUUGAUUAUCGAAUGUCGCUCCAAUGUACGCUUUUAAUUCUUAAUUAUAUACAAUUUUUUUUUUUUAUAGAUUAGGAAGGUGGACGAGCAUAUGGGCCACCUGAUGGUAAGUGGUCACCGAACGCCCUUAGACAUUGGCAUUGUAAGAAAUGUUAACCAUCGCUUAUAGCCAAUGCGCCACCAACCUUGGGAACUAAGAUUUUAUGCCCCUUGUGCCUGUAAUUACACUGGCUCACUCACCCUUCAAACCGGAACACAACAAUAUCAAGUAUUGCUGUUUUGCGGUGGAAUAUCAAAGUAGAAUAUCAAAUAUAUGGUAUUUAAAUAAAUACCUUUGAAGCGACAAGAUUUAUAGAAAUUAAACCUUAAAGCUAACGGUCCGGAGUGAAUAUCCGCUAGAUUAUUACAUGGAUAAUAGAUCAAUUGACUAUUUACAAAGAAAGCUCUAAGAUCG